GUAAACGCCAGACGGCCAACCUGUCUUUGGCAGUCAAGUGGUGUAAAAGAGCAACACAGCAUGUGAGUGUUUUAGUUUGGGGUUUCAAAAACAAAAUCUUUCUCUUGGUCAUGAGCGUUGUUUCAGCAGUGAAACGUGACACUGAAGACUCCAGGAAGGAUAACGAGAGAGAAGAUUGCACGGAGGGUCAGUUUUCAACAGAGAUUUCUCUCCAACAACUGGUGGAGAUUUUACAUGCAGCGCCUCGCUCUUGUCGUCAUGGAGACGAGGUGUGGCCUAACCUCUAUCUGGGAGAUAUGUCCAUGUCUCAUGACAAAUUUGAACUGUGGAAGCUGGGCAUCACUCACGUGCUUAAUGCAUCACAUGGUAAACUAUGCUGCAAAGGCAACGACGACUUCUAUGGAACCACGGUGAAAUACUACGGUGUGCCAGCCAAUGAUCUACCCACUUUUGACCUUUCACCUUUCUUCUACCCCGCUGCUGCCUUCAUCGACCAGGCUCUGACGUCAGGAGGAAGGAUUCUGGUGCACUGUGCUGUAGGUGUGAGUCGCUCAGCCACCUUGGUUCUUGCCUACCUGAUGAUUCACCAUCAUCUCGAUCUCCUGUCCGCCAUAAAGUGCGUGCAGCAGAAGCGCUGGAUCUUUCCAAACAGAGGUUUCCUGCAGCAGCUUAGGCACCUCCAGCAAACCCUGCAGAGAAAAGCAAAGACAGUGCCGUAAAUAAAAAUAUAUUUAAUAG